ACUCUAAGCUUUAGUGACUUAAUGCAGCAGCUUGAAGUCCUAGGUGGAUCAGAAAGACAGCUUUGGAGUUAAGGCUGAGCUUCAUUACAGGGAUGAAUACGUUUCUCUGCCUAUUGGCUGUUGGUCUAACCCUAGGCUUGCAAUGCCAAGUGGAUGCCAAACGCCAUUUGAGUCACUCUUUCAUUGAAAAAUGUGUGAAUAAGGCCAAAGCCAACGUGGAUGCAGCCUAUACAUACUCCCGCCAAGUGAGUAUUGAUCGAGUAAGGAGAAAUGCAGCAAGCACGGCAGAUGUCCUGAGACUCCUGAUGCAGCCCAAUGGACCAUCCAGGGAGGCAGUGCGAGCUGCAGACUACAUGGACAACACUCUGCAUUUGAUCAAGAGGAGUCUGUCAAAACGUCACAAACGUUCCAUUGAAGCCACAGAACUGAUCUCUGAGGGGGACCUGGAAGUGAUUGCCAGAUUGUCAGGCUGCUCUGCUCAAGUCAGGAAUGUUCACUGCACUGGUCUUCCCAACCUGAACAUUUAUCGCACAGCAAACAGCAUCUGCAACAACCUUAAAAACCCUCGUUGGGGUGCCUCCAACGUCCCGUUCCUCCGCUGGUUGGCAGCGGAGUAUGAAGAUGAUAUCAGUGUCCCGAAAGGGUGGACCCGCUCCCUGGCAGUUAAUAACCACAUGCUUCCCUUGGUGAGAGAAGUGUCCAACCGUAUCCUGGCAACAGCUAACUCUGAAGUGGACAGUGACCCCCUUUACACCCACCUGGUCACAAUCUUUGGCCAAUGGACUGACCACGACCUCUCCUUCACCCCUCAAUCUCCUUCCAUCAGAUCAUUUAAUGACAGCAUUGAUUGUGAACACAGCUGUGCCAACAUAGAGCCAUGCUUUCCCAUACAGUUUCCCAGUGAUGACCCUCGCGGACACUCUGAGGAGUGUAUGCCAUUCUACCGCUCCUCACCAGCUUGUGGUUCUGGUACCACAGGAUUCCUCUUCAGUACACCCUCUCAUCGCCAACAACUCAAUACCAUGACAGCCUUCAUCGAUGUGGGUCAGGUCUAUGGUUCUGAUGACAGGAAAGCUGAACUUCUCCGGGACUUGAGUACAGAUGAGGGUCUGUUGAGGGUCAAUGAAGACCAUAGAGACAACGACCAUGAACUCCUGCCCUUCACAACCAUGAUGGCCAACAUGUGUGCCACACGGCGAAAAAUGACCAAUAAUGACAGUGCGGAGGAGGUGUUGUGCUUUCUUGCUGGCGAUGACCGUUCCAAUGAAAACAUCGCACUGGCCUCUUUGCACACUCUCAUGAUGAGAGAGCAUAACCGUCUGGCCCGUGCCCUCCAUCAACUCAACCCACAGUGGGGCGGAGAAAGGCUCUACCAGGAAGCACGCAAGAUUAUGGGAGGGUACAUGCAGGUUAUCACUUAUAGGGACUGGCUUCUCCACAUUGUUGGUCCCGAGGCCAUUUCCAGCCAUUGUUCCACCUACCCUGGUUAUAAUGACUCUAUAGAUCCGAGCAUCUCCAACGUUUUUGCCACAGCUGCCUUCAAAUUUGCUCAUCUGAUGGUUCAGCCCUUCAUGUUCCUUUUCAAUGUCUCUUCAGGUGGAUUGGAUCCAAUUGUGAGAGGCCUUAUAGGUCGCCAGGCAAAGCUGAACACACAAAGUCACAUGUUGACUGAGGAGUUGAGGGACAGACUGUUUAAAUUCUCUGUAGAGCUGGCUCUGGAUCUGGGAUCUCUAAACCUUCAGAGAGGAAGAGACCAUGGACUUCCUGGCUACAACAAAUGGCGAGAGUUCUGUGGCCUGUCACAGCCAAGGACUCUGAGUGAGUUGGCUGACGUGAUGAACAACAUAGAGUUGGCUCAAGGACUGCUGGACCUGUAUGGUACACCUGAAAACAUCGACCCAUGGCUGGGAGGUGUAGCUGAGCCAUUUGUCCGCGGAGGAAGAGUGGGACCCCUGUUUGCCUGUCUGAUAGCCACUCAGUUCCAGAGGAUCCGUGAGGGAGACCGGUUUUGGUGGGAGAACAAUGGUUUCUUCACAGAUGCACAGAGGCUAGCCCUGAGGGACUCAUCUCUGGCCAGAAUUAUCUGUGACAACACAGGGAUCACUGAGGUUCCUGAGAAACCUUUUCUGUACCGACCCCGCGGUUCUGGAUACACCCAGUGUGAUGACAUCCCUGCAUUUGACCUCAAUCCAUGGAGGGAGGGUGGUCCAGAGGAACCACAAUCACCAACAGGUCAACGUGGGCCUCCCAGACCAGCAGGACCCAGAGGACCUCCAGGUACACCAGAACCACAGGGACCCCCCGGCACCGCUGAUAAAGUUGCCUUCUCUGUGCGCCUCGGUAACAACUACCCCAAAGCUGGCAGCCCCAUCCUGUUCCAUGAUGUCAUCUACAAUGGACAGAACAGCUAUGACAGCAAGACCGGCUUUUUCACCUGCGAGCACCCAGGAGUCUAUGAGUUUGAGUUCCACUGCAUCAUCUAUGGGAGCGCAGGCAGCGUGGAUCUUCUUCGUAACGGAGAGCUAAUUCUGCACUCAUUCACCACCCGCCACAGUGGCUAUAUCUCAGCCAGUGGCAGCACCUUCAUCAAGCUGGAGAGGGGAGACAGAGUGUGGCUGGUGGCCAACCAUGGAGGCACCGGACUGACCACAGACAGCUUCUUCUCUGGUCAUCUGCUGCUCACUGAGUAGAAGAACAUUAAAGCACUCUUAAAGUUUGCAAACAAAAUUAAAACACUUAAAAUAAAGGAGUAAAAUUUCUGUCAUAUUUGUAUCCUCUCGUGAAUGUUUAUUACAAAUAUUAAAAGGCAUUGCUGAUGAUUUAUUUUUCUUGUGAAUAAAAAUUCACACUGAUAUUAGAACUGAAACAUGCAAGCUAAAUAAAUGUAUUUGAAUGCAUCAUGUUUUCCUUGUUAAAUUGUGAUCUCUGGUAUAUUAGUUGUUUGAUAA